GCAAGUUACUCAAUCCACCAGAUCAUAUUUGAAACCGAUGUAGACUUCGGCCUUCAACCCUCCGAACAUCUUAUAAGGUUGUCAUGUUUUGAUGCUAGAUUAUCAAUCCAAGUCUAACAAAGAUUCUAUUAAUGUCUAUCCCUCAAAAUCACACGUCAAAAUAAAGUAUUCAUCAUCUUCCUUGUCCCAGUCCACUUUUUUCCCGCUAGCAUCUUCUGGGACAUUAUUUCACCGUGUGUCAACCCUAUCAAAACACAUAUCAAAAGUUACAGGCCAGGACCUUACGUUCACAACCUUGUAUAUCGAGUGCCGUAUCACUUGUUCCUCUCUAUCCGUGUCAGGUUGCGAACGAGUUUGUGGCGCAGUAUUUCUUGGCUCUACAUAACCCAAGGCUCAAGCCCCUACACCUGCAUUCACGAGUCUGUAGAAUUGCAAUCAUGGAGGACAGAGUAGACACCAGCCCGCAAUCUAGCAAUCGGACGAGAUCUGUCGAUCCAAUGGAUACGGUAAAUGGGGACUCAAAUACGAGGGCCCGUCCGGCACCUUUUAAAGAUGGCAAUGGGGAGAAGAGACAUUUGACUGAGGAAGAACAGAAAGACAUGUCGUCAUCAAUUGCAGACAUCUUCAAAUUGGAGGAGCAGUCUGUAAGUGCAGAAGAUGUGGAUAUGGAUGAUGAUGCCGAAGAGGUGGUGGACGUAGAGGAUAGGGAGAGAAGGACGGAAAGAUUAAAGGGGGCACUGGGAAAGUUGGUGCAUUUAUGGUGGCAAGAUUCAAUAGCAAUCAAUGAAGCUGCAGAAAAAUUGGCGGAUGGGAGUAGAGAUCCCAAAUGGCGAGUACCUCUCGGAGACUCCGGUAUUUUGAAUUUCUUUCUUGAGCUGUUAAGUGCACAUACUUUACGCCAUGCUCUCAAACUUCAAAUCUUGCGUUUGGUGGGGAAUUCUUGUGCAGAUACAGAUGAAAACCGAGCUCGUGUCGUAGCGUCAAAUUGUAUCCCCUUGAUUAUUACUCAGCUAUCGGAUACCAAUUUACUCGCUUUUGCAAUACCAGUUCUCUAUAAUGUUUGCGUCGACUAUGUUCCUGCUCAACAACAGGCGUCCGGUGCAUAUUUAAGCAAGGAACUCAUUGCACUGAUUGCAAGCCCUCGAUUCAAAGAUAGCGUGCAUUUCCUUGGAUACGUAUGUAAACUACUCGAUCUACUAGUACAACAACCUUCCGAACCAGAUACGGCACCAGAUGAUACACCCAUUGUUCUAUUAAAGUUGGCUUCAGAUCGAGAAAACCCAGUGGACAUGGAUGAUUAUAUUGCUCUUGUCAACACCGCUGUGGCGUACCUGGGACACGAAAAAUUCCAGAAAACAUUGGUCAAAACUCCCCAGGCGCUCGAUACCGCUCUAGCUGUUCUUGUUAAUUCGUAUACACGAUUCGAUUCUCAUCCAUCAAUCGGCCCCUCGACACCACACGAGGACGAUGCAAAGUUAUUGUCGCAAAUGCGCAUCAACCUGAAUUCAGCCCUGUCCGAUAUCUCGGCCUUACCUGAAUUUAAAGAGGCAUGCCCAGUUAUAUCUCCAUUCUCUUCUUCACUACGCCGAUGGUUAUCAAGCGAACAGAUACAAUUACAAGUUUGUGCUUGUAUUAUGUUAGGUAACCUUGCUCGUAACAAUGAAGCGUGUGAAUUAUUUGUACAUACGGCUCGGGUUCAUUUACCCCUCGUACCUAUACUCAGGGAUGUUAACGAUUCACAAUUACUUCACGCGGCGCUGGGAUUCCUCAAGAACUUGGCGUUGCCUAUGAAGAAUAAGGAAGUGUUAGGAAGCUCCGGUAUCUUCGAGGUGCUUCCUAGACUUUGGCUUCUUGACAUCCUACAACCAAUUCAACUGUCAUCCAUAUCUCUUGCUCGACAACUUGUCAAUGGUUCCAUGGAAAAUGUCGAACGACUCUGUGCACGCCUCUCAACAGAUAAAGAUUCGCCAGCUCACGAACGUUCAAACAUUUCUCUCUUAAUCGCCUUGUUCGAUCGUACAGAUGUAGAGCCAAUCAAAAUGGAAAUCUCGCGUCUAAUUACAGCUGUAUGCCGAGUCUUCACAGCCUACAAAGGUCGACCGGCUGAAGAACUAAACGAAACUCGAAGAAAAUUUCUACUUCGUCAUCCUGACAUCGGACGACCCUUAAGCUUCAUGGUCUCUCAAAAUAAAUGGCCAAUUGUCAGAAGCGAAGGAUGGUUCGUGUUCGCCCUCAUGGCGAGAUACCCAGAUAGUGCACAAUGCAUUAGCGAUAUGAUGCAAGAUGUGACCGUCUUCCAACCUCUCGUCGAAAUGCUCACCGGCAAACCGCUCCUCGAAUACAAGCCUACCACUACAACCAACACAUCUCCAUCAAACCCACAAAGUGAAUCUUCCGGAACCCUAAGUCUCGAGCCUCAAACCCCCGACCCAGAACCCGUACAGCCUCACGCACAAGCAGCGGAAAUGGCACGUCUUGAUCGGGAAAAUGCGCUGGUGCUUGUUAGUGAGCUAUUGAAGAAUAGGGGGAAGGAAAUGGCGGUCAUGCGACGCACGCUCUUUGAGGAUUUGUUGAAAGGAGGUGGUGAAUUAGUCAUGAGUUAUCGACAGGCAAAGGAAGAGAAUGGGCCUGGAAAGUGGAUAGUGUCAGAUCACGGGGGCGCGGGUCUAAAUCUGCAGGAGGUGGCCACAGAGAGUAUGCGCGAGAUUUCGUAGGCGUGGGAAAAGGUGUGAGAGGGAUGUGGCGGUGAUGGGGAGUGCAAAUAUUUAGAAGGGUCGGUGAAUAAACCAUAGCAAGAAGAGAUGAUUACUAUUUUAACCGUCUUCAUCUUCAUCCUCUCUCGUUCUGUUUUAUUCUAGAUUGACAGAAUCAUGUGCAAACGAUAAUUGAUUGUGUCACA